GACAUUAACUUUUUGCAUUGCAGAGUUGUCCCGCUUGAUUGAACAACAACAAAUUAUUGCAGGUUAAAAAGUUUUUCCUGUAAUUUGUUUUCAAGAUGUUGAGAGUAGCUCAAAGCCGGGCAAUAGCUAGCUCAACACAGAAGUUGCUGCCUGUAUGUGGAUGCAGGAACAUUCAUCGUGAGCCUCUAGAUGAGAAAUGGAAGAAAGCUGCCUCUAAAGAACUGAAGGGGAAAGACGUGGAGCAAACUUUAACAUGGAAAACACCGGAGGGAAUCAAUGUAAAGCCACUCUAUACAUCAGAUGACACAAAGUUAGUUGACAAGGAGAUUCCAGGAUCAUACCCCUUCACUAGAGGACCCUAUGCAACCAUGUAUACACACAGACCCUGGACUAUUAGACAGUAUGCAGGGUUCAGCACAGUGGAAGAAAGUAACAAAUUUUAUAGAGACAACAUAAAGGCUGGACAACAGGGUCUCAGUGUUGCUUUUGAUCUGGCUACACAUAGAGGUUAUGAUUCGGAUAACCCACGUGUGCAUGGUGAUGUAGGAAUGGCGGGUGUUGCCAUAGAUUCAGUGGAAGAUACUAACCUUUUAUUUGAAGAUAUACCACUGAACAAGAUAUCCACGUCAAUGACAAUGAAUGGUGCCGUUCUCCCGAUCCUGGCGAUGUACGUCGUGUCAGCAGAGGAACAGGGAGCCAAGCAGUCUGAACUGGCGGGCACCAUUCAGAAUGAUAUUCUGAAAGAGUUCAUGGUGCGCAACACUUAUAUCUUCCCCCCAGAACCCUCGAUGAAAGUGAUCGGAGAUAUCUUUGAAUACACAUCCAAGAACAUGCCGAAGUUUAACUCUAUUUCGAUCUCCGGUUACCACAUGCAGGAGGCCGGUGCUGAUGCUGUGUUAGAAUUAGCAUUUACAAUUGCUGAUGGCUUACAGUAUAUCAGAACUGGUAUUGAGAGAGGGUUGAACGUUGACAAGUUUGCACCUAGACUUUCUUUCUUCUGGGGAGUUGGUAUGAACAUGUAUAUGGUCAGUAGUUUUUGCAAUCAUGAUCCCUACAACAACAUUAUACGCACAUGUGUCGAGGCUAUGGCCGCAGUGUUUGGAGGAAAUGUUGUGUUUAAGGUUGAAGAGAUGGGAGGAAUGGCGAAGGCAGUGGCUACAGGUAUGCCUAAAUUGAGGAUAGAGGAAUGUGCUGCUAAACGUCAGGCUAGAAUCGACAGUAAUCUAGAGGUUAUUGUGGGAGUUAACAAGCACAGGUUGAAGGAAGCUGAGAUGGUAGAUGUACUGUGUAUUGAUAAUGCCGAGGUACGGGAAAAACAAAUCGCCAGACUGAAGAAAACCAAGGCUAAUAGAGAUACAGCCAAGGCAGAAGAAUGUUUGGCCAACAUAACAAAAGCGUGUGAAAGUAACGAUGGUAACUUGUUGGAGCUGUCAAUAGCCGCUGCUAGACAAAGAUGUACUGUUGGGGAAAUAACUGGAGCCAUGGAAAAGGUGUAUGGUAGACAUGUGGCUAGCGACAGAAUGGUCAGUGGAGCGUACAAAACCGAAUAUGGUGCCGAUGAUGAAAUAUCGCAAGUAAUCAAGAGGGUUGAGAAUUUCCAAGAGAAUGAAGGACGAAGACCUCGUAUUCUGGUAGCUAAAGUAGGUCAGGACGGGCACGACCGAGGGGGUAAAGUUAUUGCGACAGGCUUCGCUGACAUGGGUUUUGAUGUUGACAUUGGCCCUCUGUUUGCCACACCUCGAGAAGCAGCCCAGCAAGCUAUUGAUGCCGAUGUACACGUUGUUGGUGUAAGCUCGUUAGCGGCGGGACAUAAAACUUUGAUUCCAGAACUUAUUAAAGAACUCAAGGACAUGGGAAAACCAGAGAUACUUGUUGUUGCUGGAGGAGUUAUCCCCCCUCAGGAUUAUGACUACCUUUAUGAUGUAGGUGUUGCCGCAGUGUUUGGUCCAGGUACGAGAAUUCCCGAUGCGGCUGAGAUGGUGAUAGAUCUGCUGGAAGGAAAAGGGCCGGCUAAAAGGCAGUCUGCUUGAUACAGUUCAAAGACCUCUCACCGUUUUAAUUCACGAGUAAAAGAUGGACAUACUGAGAUUAAUGAAUACAAUACACACAUGUUUUUUUCAUAGUUGAAGUAUAUUUUGCAAUGUAGCGUAUGCAUUAUUUAUGAAACCAAGUAGGUGGUUCUACUUCAGUGCCUCCUCAUGCCUGAAAUAAUGCACCCAAGGGGCACCUGAGGUCUUCUUUUAACAGUGAAGCAGGAAAACCAGCUUUUGAUCUCUACCUUUUUUCGUGCUUCAAAAAAUCCAACCCUCCAAAAAAUAAAACAGAAAAAACAUUUUGAUGAUAAUGUACAAAUACUAAAAGCAACAACUCGACCAAUCUGUACAACUUCCUUACAUAUACAUAGUUUGUUUAACUUCCUCUUAAUAAACUUAAGAAUUGGCCAGCUGGUCAGUUUUAGACAUGAAUAAAAACAAUUGCACAUUUUGCAUAUACAUCAUCAAAACUUAUUUUAAAAGUUUUCCUCUGACUGUUGAUGGAACUUAAAGCAAACUGAAUUUGAAGUGGACAAUUUCAGAUACAGUUGAAGUAACUUGAAGCAAACUGAAUUGAAAGGGGACAAUUUCAGAUAAGAAAUCUGUUAGAAACAGAGACUGCCAGUAGAGUUUUGUGCAGUAUUAUUAGCAGAUAAUGUUCACAAUGAAUUAUUAAAUCUUAAGAUAUAGCGAACUUAGAGACUCAGUCCUGGAAUUAGUUUUUAAUCAGAAUAGAUUUAAUUUGUAUGAAAGCUAUAUAUAUCUGCUACAUGUAGUUUACAAAGUUAUCGUUUGAAUUUGGAAAAAGGAAUACUCUGUAAAGUACCUGUAUAAAGGAAAUAUGUAUUAAUAUUUCUUCAAGAGAGAGUGACACAUGCAGGAAGUCAUUGCGAAAUUGUUAUAACCCUGGUUAAUUAAAAAAGCAUCAUAAUACAAAUGUAUGUUGUUCUGGAACAUUUAACUCUGUUGAUGUGUGUACAAUUACGGAGACAUUCUAUGUAUCAACUCUUUUGAGAAUUAACUAUAAAAUUAUUGAAACAAUAUUAUUCUACUAUAUAUAAAUCUUAUAAGAUUAACUUUUGUCUUGACAGUCAAACCUGUAUUGAAGGCCAUCUCAAAAUAAGGAUAAACCUGCAAAUAAAGGCCACUUUUUGAUAACCCUAUAUUGACUUUUUGUUGAUAAAUUGAAAAACAAAUAACCUUUAAAUAAAGACCACUUGUUUAUAAAGACCAAUUUUUUUGACUUUUUCUUUUAAGGUGGCCUUUGUUUGCAGGUUUGAUAGUAGGUAAAGCAUUAUACUAUGAAAAAUUGAUGUUACGAGACACAAUGCUCCAAUCAGUAUCGUUGGUUGGAUUUAAUCAUGUUUCAGUACAAAUGUACUUGAUUUUAAGUGCAACAAAAUAAGUCUUAUGUAUUUUUAAAUAAGUCCUUGUAUAUAGAAUUACAUGUUGUAAAAGUAAAAUGCUGUUUGAAAUGGAAUUGAUUGUUUUUUUUUUUUAAGGAUAUUUUCAAUGGAAGAAUAUAGGGCAAUUUGGAUCUGGAGAAUGUUUUUAACAAUUUAGUACAAUCAAACUUGUUAAUAAAGGCCACCUAAUGGAGAGACCAUACAUUGCCUUUAAAGACAGGUGGUCUUUAUUUGGAGAUUAUCCGGUUGUAUUUUUACCAAUGAAGGUUUGUCAUAAAAUGGUCUUUAUUAACAGGGUUGUCAUUAUUAGGAGGUGGUCUUAUACAGAUUUGACUGUAUUUCUAAAAUGACCUUUUUUGUUUGUGCUUAUAUAUUCAAAUGCAAAUAUAGGGGUUUGUCCUCGAUGAAAUAAUAUAUAUUUUAUGUAUUUAUUUAAAAACCUCAGGAGUUUUUUGAAGGUCUGUAUUUAAAGUUUAAGAAUUGAUAUGUUAAUUCUAGAAGCUAUUUAUAUAUGUUAUCAAAUUAAACUACAUUAAUGCCCUUUAGUCACUUUAUUUGGUACAUACGGUUUUUAAAUCUUAUUUAAUCAGUGACGUGUUUGUAGUUUAAUGCCCUUCGUGAUAAAGUACAAUUUAUUGUAAUUUUUCAGGCAAGUUUGUUCAGAUGAUUUAUUAUUAAUGUAUAAUUAACCAUGUUAUUUUAUGACGUGUUUUUAUUAGCUUUUUUUUCAUUCCUUUUUUCAUAAUUAGGUUUAUUCUCCACUUUUUUUUAAAUACGUAUAACUGUAAUAAAUAAUUCAUUUUUUCAAUAGUUAACCUAAAUGACUGAAUUAUAAUAAAGAAUAUAUUAUGAUAUUAUUUACGUAAACCAGGAGGUUUGUUGACAGUUGACUUAACUUUGUUAUUUUAGUAUUGCUAUUCUUUUGCAGACUUAAUUGAAAAAUGUACGCUAGAAUAAAUUCCAUCACUAAUUAUUCGUUUGAGGUCAAUGAAAAUUAUUCUUUUUGAGAUUUAUGCUUGUUAUCCUUUUGUAUCGCAGACAUUCACUUAAUGUCCUUUACGCUGAAUGAUUACUAUUCCCUUGCUGUUUGAAGAGGUUAAAGAACUUAUUUGUGUAGAAUUGCUUCUUAGUCAUGUUAUAUUGCAGAAAAAUGUUCUAAGUACAGGUGAACUUGAUUUUGUUUAUUUAUAUAUGAUACAGAAAAUGGAAGGGCAAAAUAGAAAAGGGGUGUAUGAAGGGGAGAAAAGAAUGGGCAGGGGGAGGAACAUAAUUAUGGGGCAGGGGACAAGAACAGACAAGUGAGUUGGGGUGGGAGGUUAAAGGCAUUAAGGGGAAUGGACCGGGGCGGGGGUCAGCGGAAAGUUAAGGGCAGGGGGACAUUGCAGGGGCAUGUUGGAGGGAGAGGUGUCGGUGGAAAUCGGGAAGGAUAGGAAGGGGGAAAUGUGAUUCUGUUUGGUAAUCACAAACUAUUGAGAUUAAAGUUUUUAUGAUUUGUUUAUUUUCACCCUUGUCUUAGCCAUUCACGGUUUAAGGAAAAAUUUGUAAGCCAACAGUAUAGAGCCUGGUCAGGCCUGAUUGAUGUGACACCUUGCCUGAUUCUAAACUGGCGGCAGAGUCCGAUAUCUUUCGUUUUUUAUACUCUCAAAGAAACUUGGGGAUGUAUUUUAGUAUGGCGUUGUCUGUCUGUUCGUCCGUCUGUCUGCCCGUCCGUCUUCCGUAGAAAAUUUGAUUUCGGUAGGAAAACUUAUGAAGGAAUUCAAUAAUUGUGUUUAUAAUCUAAGUAUGUUAUGUCAAAGCACAGGUCAAGCUUGAUUUUCGCUGUGAUCAAUUUAUUAUUGACAAAGUCAUGACCCUUUAUAUGCAAACAGUUUGUUACUUAUAUGCUAUUACCUCAAAACACUGCAUAUAUUUUCUUUCACAUUGAUGGAAAAAAGUCAUCAUUUGUACUGUGCUAUUUACAACUAUGAAUUUGCUAUCUGUCUUUAAGUUAUAUUUUUGUCCGUGAUACCUUCUUUUAAAUUUGUCAUCAGGGGUGUAUGUUGCCCCGCCUCAACGGAGCUCUUGUUUUAGCCUUCUAUCGAUAAAGUACAUUCUAAGAAAAGCAAAUACAAGAAUAUUAUAGUUCUAUAGCGGAAGGAUGUAUUGUUACAUUUUGUGUUAUGAAUUAAAUAUAUUUACGACAGUUUGUAUACCAGUAUAGUUUGUACCUAGAUUAAGUUAAAUAUUUGGUGUAGUUUGUAUGAUGUCAAUUUUUACAUAUAAGAACUGGACUCAUUCACUACAUGUCAUCAAUUGUUUGUUGUUUUAUGUAGUAUAGGUUUAUAGAGGGUCAGUUUACACAGUAGUACUGGCGGCAUUUUAUUGUUUUAUAAAUAUAAAUUUAAAACAUUCAA